AUGAAGACGUGCGCGAUUUUGGCAGCGCUCGGACUCGUCGCCGUCGUGCUCGCUGCGCCAAAACCUGGCGUCGGAGCCGCAUCCGCCGAUGACGACAACGCGUACGUGGCAGUUUAUGGUUUCGAGGUUGGUUGCAAAGUGUCCUCAUAAAUGCGCCUUCUCUAUACCUUUACGGGUGCCAAGUACAUAGUUAUGCACCAUGUCUUGAAAGUUUACAAGUGAAAGAUCAAAGGUCAGAACCACAAUAGCUAUUGUAGACUUUUGAACAGAAGCCACCACAACUAUACAACUACAAACCUACGAAAAAUUGUCGCACACGCCUAGACACCCCCCACGUUACCCUUUGCCAUUCAAAAAGUGUGUCUGGAGAAGGCUGGAGAAGACGUGGCCCCGUCAACGAAAACACUUGUCUUUGGGUGUCUGACUAGAACUCGAUUUUGCACUACUACCCGUUUUUUCGGCUAAAAAUAACGCCUUUGACAUUUCUCACGUUGCGUUUUUCCAAUUUCCUUCCCUUUUCCCGCAAAUUGAUAGCAGUAGUAAAACGGAAUUAAAUGCUGCUCUUCUCCUCUCUUUCUCGCUUCUCAUGGUGCAUCGUUACAGGCUCCAUCGCCGUACAAACGUGCGCCGCUCCUUCAGUCGAAACGGCACAUUUCGCCGUCGUACGACGUCGAAAUCGACGCCGGAAACAUGCGAAACUUGUUGGAUGUGGGCAAGCGCGGAGCUCCGAUGGCCUCCGACUACGGCGAUCAGUUCCAGGUUUGUUUUAGGCAAUCCGAAGGGCUCCUGAGGUGAACCUUAUGGAUCUAGAACUAGGAUUGAGUCUUAGAAAUCCGCAGAGAGUUCGCAGAUAGUAUUUGACGGAUCCUGAUGGUUCUAAGUGAAGAAACAUGAUGCUCAGUGUGCUUCAGUGAUCCUUUAUGAUCCUUAGAGAAACUUUUGUAAUUCCUAGGGAUCCAUAGUGAUCUUGGAAGCUGCCUAGACAAUCUUAGCGGUCCAAAAUGAUCCUGAACUUGUUCUCAUUCUCUCAAAUCCACUUUUCCGCCAUGAUCACGUCACUCUUUCUCUUCUCACCCGCCUAUCUUCUCACUCAAUCUGUGUCCGAGGAGACAAAGACAACACAAUGUCAUUUUUGCCUUCUUUUCACAUUCUAUUCCGAGCCCACUCUUGUUUUUUUUCCCUCCUAGAAUCACACGCACACGAAGGGGAAAGCGUAGGCGCUAAUGGCGUAAUUGCUGUGAAAGAAAACGAAAACGGCGGCGGAUUGUUAGAGGGAUUACGGUAGUCUGAUCUGAGCCCACUUUCAGAUGUACAGCCGCCUGAUUGAUGCGGGAAAGAAGAAGCGCUCGGCGGCCAUCUCGCCGGCCUAUCAAUUCGAAGACGCUCUCGGACUUUCGGAUGCUCUCGAGCGAGCCGGACGUCGUUAA